GCACGGCUGUCACUGUGUCGUCCCCCCCCCAGAGGGCUCUGUGUCCCCUCCAUCUCUUUUUUUUGGGGUCCCCCCCCUGCGGUUUGAAGCUGAACCCUGAGCAUCCCCCCAUUUGGCGAGGGGGUAGGCUCCUCAUCUCCCCUACUUUUCUCCUCCAUGGGCAGAAGCCGCUUUGGGGCUCCCCUGAGAAAGAGACGGGGUGUGGGGGGGUGUCCUCAUCUCCGUAUCCCCCAUUUCUCCUGGGAAUGCGGUGGGAGCGGCUGAGGCGUAGGCGGCCGCCCGCCAUCCCUCGUCCCCCCGCUGCCGCCAUCCCCACUCCUCCUUCCUCCUCCUCCUCUCGCUCGCUGCACGCCAAGGCCACCGUCACGGCGGGUGGCUGCUACGGCGAAGGCCUGAGCUCCAUCGUCAUCCUCUUGGCCCUCUCGCUCUGCGUCUGUCUGUGUCCCCCCAACAUCCUUCAUCCCACAUCCUUCAUCCCAAAAUCCGCCGACGCCGGCGAGCUCCAUGGUGCGGGAAGGCAGCAUGGCCCGUACCCCUUACAGCUCCACGCAGGACAUCCAGAUGGACGUCUUCGACAACGCCGCCCUCCAGGCCAAGUACAGCAAACGCAAGAGCCGCUUCAAGCGCUCGGAUGGCAGCACCUCAUCUGACACCACCUCCAACAGCUUCGUCCGCCAGGGCUCGGCGGAGUCCUACACCAGCCGCCCCUCGGACUCGGAUGUGUCGCUGGAGGAGGACCGCGAGGCGCUGCGCAAGGAAGCCGAGCGCCAGGCCAUGGCGCAGCUGGAGAAAGCCAAGACGAAGCCGGUGGCGUUUGCCGUGCGGACCAACGUUGGCUACAACCCAUCGGCCAACGACGACGUGCCGGUGCAGGGCAUGGCCAUCUGCUUCGAGCCCAAGGACUUCCUGCACAUCAAGGAGAAAUACAACAACGACUGGUGGAUCGGGCGGUUGGUGAAGGAAGGCUGCGAGGUGGGCUUCAUCCCCAGCCCCGUCAAGCUGGAGAACAUGCGGCUGCUGCAGGAGCAGAAGAUGAGGCAGAACCGCCUGAGCUCGAGCAAAUCGGGGGACAACUCCAGCUCCAGCCUGGGGGACGUGGUGACGGGGACGCGCCGGCCCACGCCUCCAGCCAGCGCUGCCCCUGCGUCCCCAGGUGCUCUGGACAUGCCUAGCUUUGCCUUUGACCCCGAUGAGUUAGAGGAGGACGAGGCCAUGGAGACCCAGCGCUCCCCUAAGAGUAGCGUGAGCAGUGUCACCACCCCCCCAGCCCACUCCAAGCGCAUCCCCUUCUUUAGGAAGGCCGAGCACGUGCCCCCGUACGACGUGGUGCCCUCCAUGCGCCCCAUCAUCCUGGUGGGACCCUCGCUGAAGGGCUACGAGGUCACGGAUAUGAUGCAGAAAGCUCUCUUCGACUUCUUGAAGCAUCGCUUUGAUGGCAGGAUCUCCAUCACGCGGGUGACGGCCGACAUCUCCUUGGCCAAGCGCUCCGUCCUCAACAACCCCAGCAAGCACACCAUCAUCGAGCGCUCCAGCACGCGCUCCAGCCUGGCUGAGGUCCAGAGCGAGACGGAGCGCAUCUUUGAGCUGGCCCGGACGCUGCAGCUGGUGGCCUUGGACGCCGACACCAUCAACCACCCAGCCCAGCUGGCCAAGACGUCCCUGGCACCCAUCAUCGUCUACAUCAAAAUCACCUCCCCCAAGGUGCUGCAGCGGCUGGUGAAGUCACGGGGCAAGUCCCAGGCGAAGCACCUCAAUGUGCAGAUGGUGGCAUCUGACAAGCUGGCCCAGUGCCCGCCCGAGAUGUUUGACAUCGUGCUGGAUGAAAACCAACUGGAGGAGGCUUGCGAGCACCUGGCCGAGUACCUGGAAGCCUACUGGAAGGCGACGCACCCCCCUAGCAGCAACCCCCCCAACCCGCUGCUCAACCGCACCAUGGCCACGGCCGCCCUGGCCGCCAGCCCCGCGCCCGUCUCCAACCUCCAGGUACAGGUGCUCACCUCCCUGCGCAGGAACCUGGGGCUCUGGGGGCGCGGGGGCUCCGACACCACCCCCAGCUCCCCCGCGCCCCACGAGGAGCACGCGCUGUGAGACGGUGCUGGGGACACCCCCAGCCCUUGGGGACACCACUGGGAUUGGGGACACCCUGAGGAACUGCAGCCUCCCCAGGAGUGGGAUCAUCUCUGGGAUUGGGGACACCCUGAGGAACUGCAGUCCCCCAGGAAUGGGAUCAUCCCUGGGUUCACCCCCUUGGGGUUACCCCUGGGAUCGGGGACACCCUGAGGAACUGCAGCCUCCCACGAGUGGGAUCAUCCCUGGGUUCACCCCCUUGGGGUCACCCCUGGGAUCAGGGACACCCUGAGGAACUGCAGCCCCCCAGGAGUGGGAUCAUCCCUGAGUUCACCCCCUUGGGAUCAUCUCUGGGAUCGGGGACACCCUGAGGAACUGCAGCCCCCCAGGAGUGGGAUCAUCCCUGAGUUCACCCCCUUGGAAUCAUCCCUGGGUUUGGGGUCACCCCGAGGAACUGCAGCCCCCCAGGAGUGGAAUCAUCCCUGGGUUCACCCCCUUGGGGUCACCGGUGGAAUCGGGGACACCCUGAGGAACUGCAGCCCCCCAGGAGUGGGAUCAUCUCUGGGAUUGGGGUCACCCUGAGGAACUGCAGCCCCCCAGGAGUGGGAUCAUCCCUGGGUUCACCCCCUUGGGGUCACCGGUGGAAUCGGGGACACCCUGAGGAACUGCAGCCCCCCAGGAGUGGGAUCAUCUCUGGGAUUGGGGUCACCCUGAGGAACUGCAGCCCCCCAGGACUGACAUCGUCCCUGGGAUUGGGGUCAAAGUGAGGAAUCGCAGCCCCCCCCCAGGUUUGGGGCCACCCCGCGGCUGUGCUCCCCUCCAGGAUUGGGGCUGUCCCCAGGAUCCCCCCUGGGGCUCUGCUCUGCCCUGAAUCAGGACAGAGUUGGGGUCCCCCUGGGGUGGUGAUCCUUUAUGGGGUGUCCUGGGGGGGAAGUCUGCAGAGCUUGUCCCCCCUUUGGCUGAUCCUGGGGGUUCCGCAGUGCCCACCUGAGGCCGGAGGCAGAGGAGGGACAUCUGUCCUGUCUUGUGUCACUAACUCAGCACCGAGCGGGACGCUGCUGCCCCCCCGCCCCCCGCUGCUUCCCCCCCCUCUUGUCACCCCAUUUUCCCCCUGUCCCUGCUCGGUGUCCCCUCCCC